CAUUUUCCUCCUCAUACUUUUUCCUCCUUAUCCUUUUCCUCGUCGCUGUUGAUCUUCAAAGCAUUUAAUAAUGGAGGUCCGAUGCACACGAAGUUUACCAGUCACAGAAAUCAGGGAUUCUCCCUGCAAAUACUACUCCUCUAAGCAAUUGGAUACAAACUGGACGGAAAAACCCCUGUCAAAUCAUUCUCCCCAAAGAAAUGGAACAAAAAUACGUUGUGGAGGAGAUUCCCGGAGACAUAAAGCUGUUCAGCGACGGAUCCGUGGAACGUCCUCCUUCACAGACGCCCCUCGCUGAAUCGAUCCCUCCUUCCAAUCACAUCUUCAUUGAUGGAGUAGCCACAUGAGACGUGCAUCUAAACGAGGCAACGGGACUGUGGGCUCGCAUAUAUUUGCCCGAGAAGAAGACCGAGUUAAAGCUUCCCCUGGUGUUUCAUUUUCAUGGCGGAGGGUUUUGCCUCAGUCACGUCGACUGGCGGCUGUAUUACCAGUUCUACUCGCACCUUGCCAGAGAAUUGCAGGUGGUGGUCAUGUCGGUGGAUUACAGGCUGGCUCCAGAGCACCGCCUCCCUGCCGCCUGCCAUGACUGCAUUUCGGCGGUGGAGUGGAUUCGAACCCUCGCCGAAAUGGAAGAAAAGAAGCACCCCUGGAUCACCGAGAGCGCCGAUUUCGGGCGCUGUUUUCUCAUGGGGGAAAGCGCAGGGGGCAAUUUAGUGCACCAGACAGCCCUGGCUUACGCCGCGGAAGAAAGCUCUAAUUUUCUCUGCCUACGGGGCUGUAUACUCAUUCACCCAGGGUUUGCUAGAAAUGAGAGGAGCAGAUCGGAGGUGGAAACCGUUCCUAGAACCCCUGCAAUCACCAUCGAAAAGAUCGACGGAUUCAAUAAGCUGUCUUUGCCUGAGGGGACAAACAAAGAUCAUCCGAUUAUUUAUCCCAUGGGACCUCAGGCGCCGCCUCUCCAGGGAGUAAAGCUUCCCAAAAUUUUGGUUGCCAUUGCGGAUGGAGAUUUGAUUCGCGACACACAGAUGGAGUUCUGCCAGGCUAUGAGAAAUGCGGGGCAAAGUGUGGAGGUGGUUGUCUCGGAAAAUGUGGAGCAUUGUUUUCACGUCAAUCAGUUUCCAUUCGCAGAAGAUGUGCAGACUUCCAAUCUUGUUGCCGCCAUCGACCAGUUUAUCAAGGAUUGUUAGGAACUGUUACAUCCCUGUUUGAUGAGUAUCAUGACGUUUUCUGUUCUUGUUAUUUUGCUAAUUGUUAUUUGUUACAUGAUGACAAGGAAGGAAAAGUAUCUGUUAAAAUAUGAAGCAUAUCUCAACUUCAUUUUUUAUGAAUAUAAUUGUAAUUGUGAGAGGCAGAUCCCAACCUCAUCUUUUAUAAAUAUAAUUGUAAUUGUAAAAAAUGUUUAUCUU